AUGUCUAGCCCGCCGUUUACGGUCAAGGCGGUUUUCGAGUAUACUUCGGACCACGAGGAUGACCUUAAAUUUGCCAUCGGCCAGAUCAUAACAGUGACUGCUGUGGAGGAUGACGAGUGGUAUUUUGGCGAAUACCCCGAUGAGUCGGGGAGCAAGGUAGAGGGUAUUUUCCCCAAGAAUUUCGUGGAGAAAUAUGAGCCCCCUGCUCCCCCGCGACCGACGCGCCCUAGCAGGCCGAAGAAAGAGCCCGAGGCUGCUGCACCGCCACCUCCCGAGCCAGCUACGAUUGAAUCGCCUGUGGCAGAGACUCGCGCCCCGGAGGUCGAAGAAGAGGCAGCUCCUCCCCCAGCUCCGCUAGAGACGAGACCUGUACCACCUCUUCCUCAAUCCCCUCCCGCCGCUGCGGAAGAGUCACCGGUCGAGCCCGCCCCUCCUAAAGCAGCACCUGCGCCGGCACCUGCUGCUCAGAGUCCCCUGGAAGAGUCCAAUCCUCCUGCUCCCAAGCUUGCGUCAAAGCCGCCGCCUCCUGCUGUGGCAGAGAAGCCCUCUGGGUCCUCGUUCAGGGAUCGCAUUGCCGCUUUCAAUAAACCGGCGGCACCGCCAAUUGCGCCGUUUAAGCCGCCAGGUUACUCCUCUCAAUCAUUUAUCAAGAAGCCCUUCGUUGCGCCGCCUCCCAGUAAGAAUGCCUAUGUCCCACCACCGUCUCGAGAGCCUCCUGCAACGGUAUACAAGCGGGAGGAGGACCCUGAGAUCCGGGACCGGCCGGCACCUGAACCACCCGUUGCCGAGAGCCGGCCUGCGCCCACUGAAGGUACUGAGGAGGGCACGGAGGAACAACCUAAGCCAACAAGCUUGAAGGAACGAAUUGCACUUCUGCAAAAGCAACAGAUGGAGCAAGCUGCCCGCCACGCCGAAGCUGCCCAGAAGAAAGAAAAGCCCAAGCCACCUCAGAAGCCACGCCAAGAAACUCAGGAAGAGGUCGUUCCAGCUGCUGAGCCAGAAUCUGAAGACCUUGAAUCCCCGGAAACUGGCAGGGAUCACAGUGUGGAAACAGUCAAGGGCGCCAGCGCUUCCACGGCGCAACCUGCAGUGCAACAGUCCGCGCUCCAAGACUUGACGAGCGAUACAAAUGAUGCAGAUGAUUCAGCUGCUGCAGAUACCGAAGAUGCCGAUGAGACAUCUACGGGAAGAGAAGAUGUAGAUGAUCGCGCCGCAAUUCCACCUCCCGUCCAAAGACAGGUCGAGCAACCUGAAGCCAAAGAGGAUGGAAAGGAGAAUGAAGAGCUUGAAUCAGACGAGCAGCAGGAAGAGGAAGAGGAAGAUAUGGACCCAGAGGUUAAGCGCAAGAUGGAACUUCGAGAAAGGAUGGCAAAGAUGAGUGGAGGUAUGGGUAUGAUGGGCUUCUUCGGACCUCCUGGCGGAAUGCCCGCUCCUGGACCUGCAUCUCGAAAGCCCAAGGCGCCUGCGCCUGCGGAGACAGAAAAGGACACUGGCGAUACCGAAACAGCCCCAACCCCAAGUGCACCCCCGGUUCCUGUUAUGGCUCUGCCCGGGAUGAAUCCCAGGUCACCAUUAGCUUCUCCUACAGCCGAGAAGUAUGAGGAGCCACCGUCAAUUGCUGCGGUUGGACAACCCCCUCAAUCCGGAACGUCUAGAGUUGGUGAGGAUGAGGUUGAAGAAGAAGCUCCUCGUCGCUCAGUUGAAAAGUCAUUAUCUUCUCCUCGCGAGCGCGCAGUGCCCCCUCCACUUCCGCCGAUGGAGACACGCCCUGUUCCGCCCCCCAGUUCUCACGAUCUACCGUUAUCCCCCCCGCCAGUGCCAGGAGGUCGACCUGCUCCCCCCCCUCCCGUGAGAAGCCCUACAUCUGGUGGUGAGGACUCUGAUGAUGAGUUAUCCGUGCAUGCACAGAACUUGUCUUUGAACGCUGCAGCCGCGGGCAAGCCCUCGGAGGCACCUCCAUUGCCGGACCAUCUUGACUCUCGUCGUUCGUCAACCUAUGAUACAACCUCUCCAAAGUCGCCGACAUUCUCAUCCGAGAAGAGACUCAGUCGAGGGCCUCCACCCGUCCCAGCAAACCCUCCAGUUCCUACUCAAACUCGACCCCCUCCACCACCCCCUCCUGGAGCCGUCCGACGUAGGUCAACCGCUGAUAGUCGGACUAGUGGUAUAUCUCAGCCUCGGCAAGCUGGAGAGGAUGUCGAAGGCGAGGUGACAGAAUACGACGGUGAUUAUGAUACCGAUAUCGCGCCCGGUGCAAAAUUUAAGGAUGCCUUGAAAGCACAUGGACGGGAUUCUAGCCUUGAUGAAGGCACUGCAACCGACGAUCAAUCCCUUCAAUCACCCCGCAGCCCGGCAGAGACCCGUGUACCGCCACUCCCCCCUUCUGUUCCUAGGGGGGUUCCUCCGCCUCCUCCAUCUCAACCCCCGAAGAGCUCCGGUUCUGGUAGAGCUUCCAUAGAUGCACCCAGAGCUCCUCCACCGCCCCCUCCCCAGAAGGAGCCAUCUUAUGGUGAUGAUGAUGAGUAUGAUCCUUAUCGUUACACUGCGCCAACGCAUGGAUUGCCUGCCCCCAAGUCAGCCCCAGUGCCGACUGGUCGACCAAACAUUCCUCCUCCACCCCCGCCGCCACCUGUUGAAGAAGAUGAUGAAUCGGACAGCUUGUACGAUGCAUCCCCUGUACAGACAGCCCCCGAGAUUUCAGCCCCUCCUCCCCCGAGUCAACCCCCGGCGGUGAUCCCUCAUCAAGCACCACGAUCCAACCGUGCAUCUUUGGACGUGCCGAGGGCACAGCCAUCUGUGCGACGCUCUAUGGAUGUAAACCGUCCAUCCAUUGACCAGGGCUUUAUUGCCAUGGAAGUUGACUUGGCUGAGAGCACCGCGUGGUGGGCCCAGCCAAACAUGCCUCCUCCUGCCCUCCAAAAUCGCCAGGAUAUUCUCCUCGAGUUUGAAGAGUCAAGUUCCUCAAAACGAGGCGGCAAGACCACAGUGAACAAGGACGUGUACGCUCUGUUCCGAGACUAUUCUCAAACCGUAAUUACUGUGAACUAUGAUGCUCGCAAUCCUGCCGAUGCGACGCUGGAACAACGCCAUGAACAGCCCCCUCUGCCGCCUCGCCAGGAUCAGCUUGAGGCUGCGCACGUCCAGAUUGGCACGCGUGUCAGCCAGGGCGUCAAUACUAUCCAAAACACAACUGUGGCAGAUGGUACGCCAUUCGGUUUGAUUGAGCACCUAUUUGAGGAUUUGUCGGAUGCUCUUCGUCCUGUCGGCAAUCGAGCAUAUGGUGCUUUGGUUUACUCUAAUAUGGCCAAUGCAUCCGUGCAGCAAAACGAUGAGAUUCGCGCUGGUGAUAUUGUAAGUUUCCGCAAUGCUCGCUUCCAAGGACACCGCGGAACAAUGCACCAGAAGUACAGCGUCGAGGUUGGCAAACCCGACCACGUCGGUGUUGUGGUGGACUGGGAUGGAACAAAGAAGAAGAUCCGUGCCUGGGAACAGGGCCGGGAGAGUAAGAAAGUCAAAAUGGAGAGUUUCAAGCUCAAUGACAUGCGCAGCGGCGAGUGCAAGGUCUGGCGAGUGAUGCCUCGCAAGUGGGUCGGCUGGGGUAGUUAA